CAGCUGCUUCUGGGCGUGUCAGUGAAUGACGUUUAGCAGCACUUGGAGAAUGCGAUGCAUGCUAGAGCCAAUUUCACAGAAAAUCCUGAUCCGCAACAAAAUUGAAUGUUUCCUUCCCUUUUUCAUGCUCCGCCUCUUUCCCAUGUCCCCCCCUCAAAUAUUUUGAUGUACACCUCCGUCCCAGAAAUAUUGAUCCCCGUGGAAUAAAGCAGGCCACUGCUGGACAGGGCGCCGUAGCAGUCCUCCACCAGCUGAGGGCAGAGCAGGACAAAACAUGUUUGGGAUGUGCCAAGACAUGUGGAAUGGGACACUGAAAUGAAAACUGAGUAAUGGAAUACUGAACUGUGAGACCAUUUCUGUGGAGCUGAAAUGCAGUCAUUAGUACCUGUGUAGGUCAUUUCACUGGAAGAGGACUGACCAGCAUAAAAGUGAUUUCAAGGCACAAGGAACGUACCAAUCUGGCCGUGUGUUGCAUUUGUAUGCCUGAAGGAGACUUUCGCUGAAAUUCCACCAGCUGCUUUAAUGUCAGAAUUAUGACACUGACUACAGACAAGGUGUACGAUGGGAUGGACAUCAUUGACCUUCUGCUCAAAAACACAGGUGAAUCCACCAGUUGUCACAGCAACCAAACGUGGACUAUCUCAACUAAUGAUACACUGAGCACUAAGCAAAGCGAUCCUGAUGAUUUCUUGGAGUUCCUGCUGCAUGGGAGCGACUCCUCCUCUGUGCCAGCAUCACCCCUGUGGUCUCCCUGCACCAGUGACAGUGGCAUCAACGAGGACCCCCUGACAGAUCCCACAAACAGCCCUCACACAACCUCCUGCACAGCCUUCACUCCCUGUGACAUUCAGGCUUUCACGCAGUCUUCAUGUCUUGUGAAUCAGACAGCGGCAAAUGAAAAAAAGCCCGAUGUUGUUAUCGAUCUCGGCUGUGAGUCUGGCAGCUUAGAUGAGGAUUUCGGAAUUUCAUACUACCUCACCACAAACCCAAAUCCUCUGCUACCAUCCAGCCAUUCUCUCACCGUGAAGGACCUGCUGUUAUCCAACCUGGGACACAAAGCGCAGCAAAUCCCCCAGCAUUCCUUGCGGGAGCUUGUACUUAAUGAGGAUGAGAAGAGGCUUCUGGCUAAAGAAGGGGUAAACUUGCCCAGCAGACUGCCUCUGUCCAAGUUUGAAGAGAGAGUUUUGAAAAAGAUCCGCCGGAAAAUCCGCAACAAGCGCUCAGCUCAGGAAAGUCGGAAGAAGAAAAGGGAAUAUGUUGAUUGCCUGGAAGAAAGGAUGUCUGCAUGUGGUGCUCACAACCUCGAGUUGCAGAGAAAGAUCCAGCAGCUGGAGGAGACCAACAAUGCUCUGCUGGAGCAGCUAAGCCAGCUACAGGCUCUCCUUCCUAAUGGCCCCAGCAAAACAAGACAGAAAGCAACCUGCAUCCUGGUCUUGCUCCUCUCCUUCUCUCUGCUGAUUUCUUCAAAUCUUCGACCAGACCCUUACAGCCGGCUCAGUCAGGCAGACUAUGCAGAGACCAAAGUGCCGUCCCGCUCCCUGCAGUCGAUGGAUGAUGCCCAAGACAUCCCUCCUCCUCCUCCUCCUCCUUCUCUUCCUCUUCCUCUCCUCUGCGUUACCAGGGGCUUUGAAGCCCUGCGCAAUCUGACAGAGAAGAUCAGGCCCUGGACAGAUCUCCCCAAAGCAGACGUCCCCUUCUCUCGCCACCAAGAUCACAGACACAAGGACCUUCACUGAUUUAUUCUAACAAGAAAGACGUAGCACAGGGGUGCGAGUUUGGAUGCAAGUGCAGCCCCCAACGGGGUAGUCUAAAAGCUUCUCUGCGUCUGCUUUUCACUACAGAGGCUGGGUGAGGUGCUGCUCCAGUACAUAAACAUCCAGUUGAAAGGUGUUUCAGGAAUGCACUUUCUCAAAGGCCAGUAAAGAGGUCAUUGAUGUGGAUGUAAUCAUUUUUCAUUUUGCUCUGAAUAAAAAGCACCUGCUGGA